CGGCCCGGAAGGUGGCCACGUCUGCCGGAAGGUGGGCAGCGCCAGGCCGGGGUUUUGCUGUGUCCUGCAUGCCGGCCUCCUCUCGCUUCUCUGCUCGGGCUGGGGGUUCCUCGCGCUGUGAGGAGCAUAUAUUCCUGAAAUUUUGAUGCAGAGUUAACCAUCAGACAUUUAUCAUGUCUUGGCUUGCUGAUUUGGCUGGAAAGGCAGAGGAUCUUCUCAACAGAGUUGAUCAAGGGGCUGCAUCAGCUCUGAACAAAAAAGACGCAGCAAGCAACGCAGUUUUUGAUAGCAAGAAUUUGGACUCUGCCAAUGAAUAUUCUGAAUUGUCCCAGCAUGCCAGAGAACUGAAAUAUCAGACUUCAUCCAAAGCAGCCUACAUCUCCUCAGCAGCUGAUAACAUUAAAAACCAAAAGGCUACAAUCUUAGCAGGAACAGCAAAUGUUAAACCAGCACGUAGAACAAAUUCAGAAGUUGCUUCUUCAGUAGAAAAUGUUUCCACAUCCAGAGCUUCUUCACAUUUUGUGAGGAGAAAAAAGUCUGAACCUGAUGAUGAGUUGCUGUUUGAUUUUCUCAACAGUUCUGAGAAAGAGCCUAAUGCAAGGAUGGACUCUAAAAAAGAGAAGAGCAAGGCACCUGUUCAAAAUCACUCUCGGACUUCAAACAUUAGUUCUGUAUCUACUAGUACACUGAGUGCAGUGACUACUGAAGAUAAUUCUGUCAGAAGCAAAAGCAAUGAAACUCCAGACAGCUCAGAUUCUGGACAGGCAACCCAAGUGGAUGGCACGAAGGAUUCAUCACUAAGUGCAGUAACUAAUCCUGGCCUUUCAGCUAAUGAUGAUGUAAAAUCACACGAGCUGUCCAACCUUCGUCUGGAGAAUCAGCUGUUGCGAAAUGAAGUGCAAUCUUUAAAUCAAGAAAUGGCUUCAUUAAUUCAGAGAUCCAAAGAAACACAAGAAGAACUGAACAAAUCCCGGGAAAGAGUGGAGAAGUGGAAUGUUGACCAUUCAAAGAAUGACAGGGUGGUCAGAGAACUUCGAGCUCGAGUUGAUGAUCUGACAGAAGCUGUUGGUGCCAAGGAUUCCCAGCUAGCUGUGCUCAAAGUACGCUUGCAAGAAGCUGAUCAGCUCUUAAGUUCCCGGACAGAAGCUUUGGAAGCAUUGCGGAGUGAGAAAUCACGAAUAAUACAAGACCACAGUGAAGGGAGCAGUUUGCAAAAUCAAGCCCUUCAAACUCUUCAGGAUAGGCUGCGUGAUGCAGACUCCACACUGAAGCGAGAGCAAGAAAGUUACAAACAAAUGCAGAAUGAGUUCGCAGCACGUCUGAGUAAAAUGGAAGCAGAACGUCAGAAUUUGGCAGAAGGGGUAACGGUUGCAGAAAAAAAGUAUUUAGAUGAGAAAAAGCGAGCUGAUGAGCUUCAGCAGCAAGUGAAAAUAACUAAAAACCAGCUAGAAUCUGCAAAACAGGAACUGGCAGACUAUAAACAAAAAGCUACUCGCAUACUCCAAUCUAAAGAAAAGCUGAUAAACAGCCUAAAAGAAGGCUCUGGUAUUGAAGGUCUGGAUAGCCAGACAGCAAGCACAAUGGAACUAGAGGAGCUGAGGCACGAGCGUGACACUCAAAGAGAAGAAAUACAAAAGCUAAUGGGACAAAUACAGCAGAUGAGAACGGAGCUGCAGGAUAUGGAGACUCAGCAGGUAAGUGAGGCUGAGUCAGUGAGAGAACAGCUUCAAGACCUACAAGAGCAAAUAGCAGCUCAUAAAAUGGCCAAGCAGGAGGCAGAAGCUGAACUAGAACGGCAGAAGCAGGAACUCCGUUACACCGAGGAAGAAUUAUAUCGAGCAAAGAAUACUUUGCAAAGCAGAAUAAAAGACAGAGAGGAAGAAAUCCAGAAGCUCAGAAAUCAGCUCACAAACAAAGCUCUAAGUAGUAGUAGUCAAACUGAAUUAGAAAAUCGCCUUCAUCAGCUGACAGAAACACUGAUUCAGAAGCAGACCAUGUUGGAGAGCCUGAGCACAGAGAAAAACUCACUCGUCUAUCAACUGGAACGGCUUGAGCAUCAGCUGAAGGCUUUCCAAGGCAGUAGUAGUAAUGGGCCUUCCAUUAACAUGGCAGGAAUUGAUGGUACUGAAGGUGCUCGUAUGCGUAAUGUUCCUGUCCUUUUCAGUGAUGUGGAUACCAACGUAGCAGGAAUGUAUGGGAGAGUUCGCAAGGCUGCUAGUAGCAUAGAUCAAUUUAGCAUUCGGCUGGGAAUCUUUUUAAGGAGGUAUCCUAUAGCAAGAAUAUUUGUAAUAAUAUAUAUGGCAUUGCUUCAUCUUUGGGUCAUGAUUGUUCUGCUUACUUACACCCCAGAAAUGCAUCACGAUAGCCCCAGUGGCAGAUAGGCUGAGACACAACUGUGUGCUGUGCUAAUUAAUGUAACUUGGACUGACGGUGUACUUAGGAUAAUCAGUCCAGAUAUGCUGGCAAACUUCCUUAUGGUGUUUACAAAGAAAGAAAACCAUCAUGCCUGAUUUAUCACUACUUUUUAAAUACAUGUAUAAUACUAUGUAGCUUUACCAAUUUACCUAAAAGAGCAUCUCUUUGCUGGUGAAAUAAAGAUAUUAAGUUAAGCUACGUUUAGCCUUUACAUUUUACAUAAACCUUCUCAUGGUUAGUGUAAAAGAUUAGCUUGCAUCUAUAGAGAAAUGCAAGAACUUCUGAAGUUACAGAUAAACAAGGUACAACUAAUUUAGGUAAUGCAGGAUGUGGGCUAUGGUCAGAUAGCAGACUGUACUUAGCAAUUAAAUAAACUUUAUUCUUUCUGGGUUUCUUUCAGUCUUAUUUUGCACUUCUGUUUUUAACUUUGUAAAUAGGCUUUUCCUUAAUUUGUUAAACUGAAAAAAAUGCCUGGAUCCGUGCAAUAUCUUUUUGUAAAUACAUUGAAAAAUAAAACAUUAUACAUUCUUCUUAGCUUUGUACUUUUAGUGCAACAGGUGAAUUCCUGUCAGCUGAUUGGUGGGGCUGCCUAUUUAAAUGUUGUAGUGGAGCUUUAUCAGAGAGAGACAAAUGGUGAUUUGAAGAAGGAAGGUCCAAAUUCUUCAAGAAAAAUGGUGUUUCCUUUCCCACUUGGGAUCUCUGUAUUUUAACUACAUUUUCUUGUAUACCUCUUAUUCUAUGUCUUAAUAAGAUCUUAUAUUCACUGAAAUAUUUAUUUUCUGUAACUUUAGAUACCUAAAUUAAACUAUUUCUGUGAUUUUUGUAUUAUGUCAAAAAAUUAUCAUGUCUAAACACUUCCAAAUGUGAUAAUAAACGCACCUCAUCAAAUCCUUAUUGUAAAACCCAUAAGAUCAAUCCAAAGCUACUGUUCUGUCAUUAGGCAGUGGCAUCCUUAGCUAGUAGUACCACAAUACAAGGUCAUUUUCUUGUGUGGUGCUCGAAGCUGAGUAAUGUGAGGAUGACUAAUUUGUCACUGAUGAGUAUAGUUCAGCUCUCACAUGACUUGAGCAUGCUAAGCCUUGGUCCUGUACACAGUGCUUGUCAUGCUGUCUCCUAUGGAAAUGUUACAGUGGAAAAAUGCCUGAUUCAGGGCCUGCAGGGAAACUGGAAUGUUUUGGUGGGUUAAAUAAUAAAAGAGAAUUU